AUGGCAGUGUUUUGCAUAACGAUCGUAUUCUACUAUUCUUCCAAAAUCUUCCACGCCGCAGGUUUGUCUGUAUCCGCCAGUGAACUGGCCACCAUUGGAGCCGGUUGCUGCAACUUUGGCAUGGCUGUGCUUUCAAUUUUCAUCAUGAACACUUUCGAUAGGAGAACUUGCAUAUUACUGAGUCUGGCUUCUUCUAUGUUCUUCUUGGUAGUUUUGGGAGUCGCUAUUCUGUUCAUCGAGUCUUACACUUGGGUACCUUACAUUAGCAUCAUCGGGGUGUUGGGCUUCGUGAUUUGCUACGGUUUGGGUAUUGGUCCCAUUCCGUAUUUCAUAGGAUCGGAGUUGUUCGAGGUGGGGCCUCGACCCAGCGCCAUGGCCUUGGGCAGCAUGUCCAACUGGGCGGGCAACUUCCUCGUAGGCCUGCUCUUCCCUACCAUGCAGGAUUACAUUGGGCCAUCUUCUUUCUUCAUAUUCGCGGUCUUCUUAGUUGCCCUAUUUAUUUUCGUCAG